AUGAAUGCUUUAAAAAAACUCUUGGCGUUUAUUUUCCUCAAAAUUUUGGAUGUUGGAUUUGGGCAAGAUAAUUGUGUGUUUCUGAGGGAGGGAGAWRCAUCGCCCWCCGAGCAAGUCAGCCCUCCUGUCAUGAAUUGGUAUGAAACUCCUUCUGUUGUAUCACUGUCACCAGAGUGCACCGGUGAAUACCCGCUUGGCAUGGAAAGUGGUGUCAUUACAAGACAACAAAUAUCAGCAUAUACAACGUGGAAUAAAUACUAUGCACCCGCCAAUGGUAGGCUUAAUUUUCCCGCAGAGAGAGGCCAGCAGCCCGCAUGGGCAUCAAAACAUAACGACCUAAAACAGUGGUUCCAGGUCGAUUUUAAUAGAAAUGUSAGRAUURCAAAGUUUGCUACACAGGGUAGAGGCAACAGAGAUCGAUGGACCACUAAAUACAAGCUUCAAUAUCAUGAAGAAAAUCCGUCUACUGCGCUCAACACAUAUCAAGAAGCUCCUGGAGUCGACAAGGUACAUAAAUAA